AUGGACAAUCCCCUACGAAUGACGGCCGAGACGACCCGGGUCGCAGGGCAUCGAGGUUACAGUUCUGCCGCCCCAGAGAACACUCUGAGCGCAUUCCGGAAGGCUCGCGAGGUCGGUGGCAGAGGAGUCACCUGUGAAACUGACCUCGCUCUGACUCGGGACGGACAAUUGAUCCUGAUUCAUGACGAAACUGUUGACCGCACAACAAACGGUCAUGGCCUUGUGCGAAAUAUGGACUACGCUAACAUCGCCAAACUUGACGCUGGUCUGUGGUUUGACAAGUCGUUUGAAGGAGAACGAGUCCCUCUGCUGAGAGAUGCUCUGUUACUCGCCCGUGAGCUCGAAAUCAUCUACCAACUUGAGCUCAAGAUCUAUGACCGAAAUGACGAAUUAUUCCCAAAGCUGAGCGCACUUAUCAACGAAUUGCAAUGCGCCGAUCUUUUGCAAUUCUCAUCGUUUGACUUUGCUCAACUGAGGGCUGCUAAACAGGCCAUCCCCGGAGUCCCCACAGUCGCCAUCUCUCAUUCACGACUUAUCAACCCUGCCGCUGUGGCACGAGAAGCACAAGUGGACGCCGUCAACCUCGAGAUCCAGCAUUUCCCGAGCGGCGAAGCUCAUCAACUUCACAAGGAAGGCUUUGCUGUCUUCCUGCAUGUGCCAGCCCCUGAGAGGCUUGCAAACCUGAAGUCGUACGGGGUGGAUGUGGAGGCCCAGGUUGUUGGAUGGGUCCGUGAAGGACUAUUAGACCAGCUCAUUAGUGACGAUGUGGCUCAGGUGGUUCGGAUCUUGGAACAGGCUCGUCAGUGA